UGAAUAAUAAAAAAAAUAUUUUAAUUGUUAAUUAAAAUGCGUAGGCACAUGAUUCGCUUAAUUAAUUAAAACUCUAAAACUUGCAAACGCAGUCAGUCAGCGGUUACAUAGUUGCUUUGCAAUACGUUUCUGUUGCAAUACGCUUCUGCUGUUGGAAUUUGUUUGGACCAGUGAUAUAAAUUGAAGUUUUGGAUCGUAUGGCUUCGUCUCUGUUACUGGCGGUGGUUUUUGUGUUUGAUCUCAUUGCUUUUGCUCUCGCCGUUGCUGCUGAGCAGAGGAGGAGUACUGCCAAUUUAGCCCAAAAUAAUGAAGGUAUAAAGUAUUGCCAAUAUGAUUCUGACAUUGCCACCGGCCUAGGUGUUGGGUCCCUCUUUAUCCUGGUUGCCAGUCAAAUGAUCAUUAUGAUUGUAACGAAAUGCCUGUGCUGUGGGAAAGCCAUGAGUCCUAGCGGAUCCAGAUCAUGGGCAAUUUGUUUAUUCAUCACUACCUGGUUGACAUUUAUUAUUGCUGCUUCAUGCCUACUAGCUGGUUCUGUGAGGAAUGCUUAUCACACAAAGUAUCGAGAUAUAUUGGGAGAGAGAGCUCCUUCAUGUCAAACGUUGAGGAAAGGAGUCUUUGGAGCUGGAGCUGCCUUCAUUGUUCUUACAGGCAUAGUCUCUGAACUUUAUUAUGUUAGUUUUUCAAAAGCUAAUCAUGGUGGGGUCCCUCCCUAUGCUCGAGACUCAGGUGUGUCUAUGAGCAAUUUGUAAAUUAAUGUAACAUUGUAAUGUAUCUCAAUUAGGACUUGGGAGUUUAUUUACCAUAUAAGUUGGCUUUCAUGAAUGUGAUGAUGUGAGAGUCUAGUUGUUGUAAUUAUGAAGCUCCGUUUAGACUAUGGUCUCUAUAUUUGGAUUCCUUUUGACUCUUAAAUCAUGUCACUAUAGGUAGUGUCCCAUUGCUUUGCGAGUCUCAUUUAUAUGUCCUCCCCCACCUAAGAGGGUAGGGUGGUUUGUAUUUCGUUUCUCUUUGACUUUUAAUCAUGUCACAGUAGCUAGUGGCCCCAAUCCGGGUCAUGCUAGUGUGCCGACAUCUAGGAAUCACAAUCCAUAGCAUUCGGAUAA